CCUCCAGGUGCCAUCAUGAUCAUCUACCGGGUCCUCAUCAGCCACGAUGAGCUGUUCUCUGACAUCUACAAGAUCCGGGAGAUCGCGGACAGCCUGUGCCUGGAGGUGGAGGGCAAGAUGGUCAGUAGGACGGAGGGUAACAUCGAUGACUCGCUCAUCGGUGGAAACGCCUCCGCUGAAGGCCCAGAGGGCGAAGGUACUGAAAGCACAGUAGUCGCCGGUGUUGACAUUGUCAUGAACCAUCACCUUCAGGAAACCAGCUUCACAAAAGAGGCCUACAAGAAGUACAUCAAAGAUUACAUGACAUCACUCAAAGGCAAACUUGAAGAACAGAAACUGGAAAGCGUAAAGCCUUUUAUGACAGGGGCUGCAGAGCAAAUCAAGCACAUUCUUGCUAAUUUCAAUAACUACCAGCUUUUUGUUGGUGAAAAUAUGAAUCCAGAUGGCAUGGUUGCUCUCCUGGACUACCGUGAGGAUGGUGUAACUCCUUUCAUGAUUUUCUUUAAGGAUGGUUUAGAAAUGGAAAAACGUUAACACAUCCGCAGUCAUUUGGAUCUAUCGCCUGUCAUCGCAGCCGGCUGCUGCUUGCCAUCCAUACAACACCAGGACUAGAAGAACGGGACUGAUGUCAUCUUGACCUUUUAUUUUGACUGACUUAUUUGGAGUGGAGGCAUUUUUUUUAAG